CUUAAACCACACCCACCUCUCUUUCUCUGUUCUGCACUUAAUACAAAUGAUGGCAGCUCUGAAUUUUCCCUUCUUGGCUAUUGUGUCACUCUUUCUCGUCAUUCCCAUUUGCUUAAACCACCUAGCCCUUGGCUUUCAAACUCCCCUGGCAACUGCCUUACCCCCUCAAAAUGAAACUGACAAGCUAGCAUUGUUAGCCUUCAAGGAUAAAAUACUUGAAGAUCCAUUUGGAGUCAUGAGUUCUUGGAACGAGUCUCUCCAUUUCUGCAAUUGGAGGGGGGUUUCAUGCAGCCAUCGACACAAGGGUAGAGUUACCAACUUGAAUUUGACUGGCCAAAAGUUGGUUGGUUUGAUAUCACCCCACAUUGGAAACCUAUCAUUCAUAAGGCAAAUCAACCUCGGUCACAACUACUUCAAAGGGGAGAUUCCUCAAGAGAUUGGUCAGUUGUUUCGGUUGAGAUUUCUCAGUCUCAGUUUUAAUGUCCUUCAAGGCAAAAUUCCAAGCAAUUUGGCAUUUUGCUCAAGAUUACAAGAUGUCUAUUUCAGCGAGAAUAGCCUUAUUGGCGAAAUUCCUACUGAACUUCGUAAUCUUUCAAAAAGUGUACGCAGGAUCUGCUUCUUUGGAAAUCAUUUAAUUGGAAGUAUCCCACAAUGGCUUGGGAAUGCGUCUUCACUUGAAAUAUUGGCUUUGAAAAGCAAUAAUAUACAUGGAAGCAUCCCAGUGGAGCUUGUUAGACCUCCAAAGUUGGAUAUUCUGUUGCUAUCUACAAAUAACUUAUCGGGCAGGGUACCUGUUUCUUUUUUCAAUAGUUCAUCACUCACUGUGCUUUCCUUGGCAGUAAACCAAUUGCAAGAGUUACCAACUUCAUUACAAAAUGCAUCUCUGCUAAGAACCUUCGCUGUCACAGCUAACAAUUUGGGUGGAGUCAUACCUUCCAACCUUGGAGGCUUAAGAAAUCUUACAUCUUUUGGAGUGUCUGGGAACUGGUUGGAAAGUAAGGAUGAAGGUUUAGGGAUCUUAACAUCUUUAGCCAAUUGCACCAACCUCCGAAUAUUGGAUUUAGGAUUCAACCGUUUGAAAGGUAAAAUCCCUGAGGGGAUUGGCAACCUAAUUGGUUUAACCUAUUUGCAACUAGACACAAACUAUCUUAGAGGUGAAAUCCCUUCUAGUAUUGUCAAAUUAGAAAAGUUGUCUAUUCUUGCUCUAGGUACAAUUCCUAUCACCUUAGGAAAUUGUUCUCAACUUCUAGAUCUUUACCUUGGACAAUUGCCCUUAGAGGUUGGGAACAUGACCAAUCUUGUGGGGUUUGAAGUCUCACAAAAUAGAUUGUCAGGAAAAAUUCCAAGCACCUUGGGAAAUUGUUUGAUGUUGGAGGAUCUUUGGAUGGAAGAGAACUUAUUAGAAGGAGACAUCCCACCCUCUCUAAGUCUUUUGAAAAGCCUUGUACAUCUUGAUCUUUCAAGAAACAAUUUAUCUGGUCAAAUUCCCAAAUUCCUCCAAAAUUUCACUUUGUUGCAAAAUCUGAAUUUGUCAUUUAACAGACUAGAAGGAGAAGUACCACAAGGAGGAGUAUUUAAAAAUGCAAGUGCCAUUUCAAUUGCUGGAAAUCAAAAACUAUGUGGAGGUAUUCAAAAACUGGGACUCCCUCUGUGCAAGGCCCAAGACUUGAAGAAGAAAGUGUUGUCUAAGACUCUGAAAGUGGUGAUCCCAAUAAUUAUCUUUAGCUUAAGCAUUAUAAUAACCUCUCUUGCUUUUUGUUGUUGGAAGAGGAGAUCUAAAAGGAGAGCUUCUACCAUGAUGCUAGAGCUAGGACAAUUUCCGAAGAUAUCUUAUGCAGAGUUGAGUCAGGCAACCAAUGAGUUCUCACCAUCUAAUCUGAUUGGUGAGGGAAGUUUUGGCUCCGUGUACAAAGGAAUUCUAGGUCAGGAUCAAAUGUCAGUGGCAGUGAAGGUGCUAAACCUCAAGCAGAAAGGAGCUUCCAAGAGUUUUAUGGCUGAGUGUGAAGUGCUGAAAAAUAUUCGACAUCGAAAUUUAGUCAAGAUUAUAACUGUUUGCUCAAGUAUAGACUUCAAAGGGAUUGAUUUCAAGGCUUUAGUUUACAAACUCAUGCACAAUGGAAGCUUAGAGAUGUGGUUGCAUCCAAAUGAAGACCAAGCUGGUGAGCAUAGUUUAAACCUUAUUCAAAGACUUAAUAUAGCCAUCGAAGUGGCUUUUGCAAUUGAAUAUCUUCAUGAUCAUUGCCAACCAUCAAUUGUUCAUGGAGACCUUAAGCCAAGCAAUGUUCUACUUGAUGAGGACUUUGUUGCUCACGUGGGAGAUUUUGGUCUUGCAAGAUUUCUAUCCAUUUCUAAUCGUCAACAAAGUAGUUCCAUUGGUGUAAAAGGAACAAUUGGCUACAUAGCCCCAGAAUAUGGCUUGAGCAACAAGACAUCCAAACUUGGAGAUGCAUACAGCUUUGGAAUUCUCUUGUUGGAGAUGAUUACAGGAAAACGACCAACAGAUUCAUUAUUCCAGGACAAUUUCACCAUUCACCAGUUUGUUAAAACAGCACUUCCUGAGAGGGUGAUGGAUAUUUUAGAGCCUUCACUGCUGCAGGAGGUACAAGAUGAUGCACAUUCAGGCGCAAGGAAUCGAGGAACGAAAGUUUGUAUGUUGGAGAGGUUGGUUGCUGUGGCAAGGGUAGGAGUACUCUGCUCAAUGGCAUCACCAAAUGAAAGAAUGGAGAUGAAAGAAGCCAUUGCAGAAUUGCGCGCAAUUAAAGACAAGUUCGUUGGUCGUAGAAUCUAAUUCCCAUCAGCUAGUUCCAUAAAUAAUUCUACAUACGGUUUGAUUUGAUUGCUCAAGCGUUCUAGUUUGUUUGAUACUCUAUUUAUUUCUAGUUUUUUUUUUUUUUCCUGAAAUUGAACUUGUACUUUUGAUGUUAGACCAAGUUACUUGAAAUAAAUAUAGCUUAUGAUU